CUUCCCCGCCGCCGCCGUGUGGGUGGUGCGCGCGGCUCCGGAGGGGCAGGGGCGGCGCCGCGGGAGCGCGCGGGCGGCGGCAGCGGCAGCCCUUGGGCCGGCGGUGGCCCCUGGUGCGCGGUCUCCCUCCAUCCCGCCCUCCUUCAGCAGCCUGCCGCCUUACCCCGGGGACGGUGUCAGGCGAGCGUUUCCCCCGCCGCUCGCCUGUCCGCCCGCCCCCCCGCCUCUUCCCCGUUUUUUUGCUCGCCGCUUGCUUGCGUGUGAGGUAAACCCGGCGUGUGGCGCCUACGCCGCCGUUGCGUUUCAGGUGAGGGAGGGGGGGAAGGAGAAGGAGAGCGGGGAGGCACUCGCUUCCCCCCUCCCUCCUCAGCGCCUCCUCGGCGGCCCCCGGCGCGAAACUCCGCCGCUCCGUCGCUUCUCUUCUCCCGGCGAAGGCAAACGACACCCGCCCCCCGCCAAAAUGGGCUGCACGCUGAGCGCCGAGGACAAGGCGGCGGUGGAGAGGAGCAAGAUGAUCGACAGGAACCUGCGGGAGGAUGGCGAGAAGGCGGCCAGGGAGGUCAAGCUGCUCCUCUUAGGAGCUGGUGAAUCAGGGAAAAGCACAAUUGUCAAACAAAUGAAGAUUAUCCAUGAAGCUGGUUAUUCAGAAGAAGAAUGUAAACAGUACAAAGCUGUUGUCUACAGUAACACCAUUCAGUCCAUUAUUGCUAUCAUUAGAGCAAUGGGGAGGUUGAAGAUAGACUUUGGUGACCCAACCAGGGCUGAUGAUGCUCGGCAACUCUUUGUGUUAGCUGGAGCAGCAGAAGAAGGAUUUAUGACUGCAGAGCUUGCUGGAGUUAUCAAGAGACUGUGGAAAGACACUGGAGUUCAAGCUUGUUUCAACAGAUCUAGAGAAUACCAGCUUAAUGACUCUGCUGCCUAUUACUUGAAUGACUUGGACAGGAUAGCACAAACCAGCUACAUUCCAACCCAACAGGACGUUCUCAGGACUAGAGUGAAAACUACAGGAAUAGUGGAAACUCACUUUACUUUCAAAGAUCUUCAUUUUAAAAUGUUUGAUGUUGGAGGCCAAAGAUCAGAGCGGAAGAAGUGGAUUCAUUGUUUUGAGGGUGUUACAGCAAUUAUUUUUUGUGUGGCGUUAAGUGAUUAUGACUUGGUCUUGGCUGAAGAUGAGGAAAUGAAUCGGAUGCAUGAAAGCAUGAAAUUGUUUGACAGUAUCUGCAACAAUAAAUGGUUUACAGACACGUCUAUUAUUCUCUUCCUGAACAAGAAAGAUCUUUUUGAAGAAAAAAUAAAAAGGAGUCCUCUCACUAUUUGCUACCCUGAAUAUGCAGGAUCAAACACUUACGAAGAAGCAGCUGCUUACAUUCAGUGUCAGUUCGAAGAUCUGAACAAGAGAAAGGACACAAAGGAAAUCUACACUCACUUCACAUGUGCCACAGACACAAAAAAUGUGCAGUUUGUUUUUGAUGCUGUAACUGAUGUCAUUAUUAAAAAUAACCUUAAAGACUGUGGCCUCUUCUGAGAAACAGACAAACAGUUGCUAAAUGGUUUGGAGAAUGACUUCGCACAAUUCUUAUCUGAUUCUUUUCAAGGUGAAAGAAAUACAAAUACAUUGUGCUGAAUGAUAGAUCAGUACUGUACUUGCCUGUUUUAACAGCUUUAUUUAUGUUUGUCUUGUAAAUUUAAGUAAUUAGUUAACACUGAGAUGUCAGUUGAUUGUAUGUAAACUUAUAAUUGUAGUAAUGUAUUUGUAUAAACGUUGAACGGAAUAUUUUAGUAACUUGAUGUCGUCUAAAAUUUCCAUGUUUUAUGAAGAUACUCUUGGAGGAGACAGACACUUUUUGCCUUUGGAUUAUUUAAACAUCUUGUAAAAUUAAAUUUUCUUUUCAUGUUAAGGGUGCAUGCUGCCUAUUCUUUACUUUUGUUGGUAAUACUGUAUAUGGCGUUAGCUUUUUUGAUAUUUAAACAGCCUCGUACACCUGCUCAGACUUCAAGAAACAUAACCAAUAAAACUUGUUUUUUGCCUUAAGUUUUGAAAAAAUGUUUUUAUAAAUUUAAGAUAAAUGCAAAGAUUAUUUUUUAAAUUUAAAUGAAAUCCACAGUUUAUGAAAUCUGGGAUAGCAGUCUUUGCAGUGCAAAUGUGGCAACACUGAGAAACUGAAUUUUAAGGUUCAACUAUCAUUGAAGUUGAUGGAAAUGCAAAAAGGAAGUUGUUUAAACCAUUCACAUCAAUAAAAAAAAGUCUGAAACUGUGGUCUUUACUAGUGGAGUGAAUGGCAAAAUUAUCUUCGGGGGUUUUUUAUAGACCAUUAAAAAAGGCUGGACUUCAGAGUAAUAUUUUUUCUGCUUACUUAAGAAGUAAAAUCAUGUUCUCCUUAAGCUUUUUGCUAUUUUCUGGUAAUAAAGCAAGGUUGAUAAUUUAAUAACCGUAGAACUAUCAGGUUCUCCCAGAAGACAUGGCACAGUGGCUUCACAGGUUAAAGCAAUUUCCUGUUGCAUAUAAAAAGAAUCUUCAGUAUUUUGGAUAGGGUAUUUUAGUGACUUGUUGAUUCUUUAAUUUCCUCUUUAAUUAUAAUUAAGGUCUCACUGUUUCUUUAAAUAAUAAGUUAAAGAAUAUGAUUUUCUUCUGGUUAUGCUUUCAUUAUGUGUUUUGCUAUCUUAUCCAUUGCCUUAUGAGUAGUGCCAAAACUGAUUUUUUUAUACAGAUUUUAAAAUGAACAAGCUUGUAUUUGUAAAUAAGUUCGUGGAUGGUUGUCUUAAAUGUAUGUCAUCUAGAAAAUAUGAACGUAUCAAACUUGGAAAUAUGAUUUUCUAUAAUUGUUAAAAUUUUUCUGGCAGCUACAGUACACCAUAGGUUCUUUGAGAAGUAAAUCAGUCUUUGAACCUGUUGCUAUUUUUCUGUUAUCUUAGCAUUUAUGUUCUUAGAAAUGUUCAACCAAAAUAUUUAAGUCAUUGUUCGUUAUUUAAUUUUUAAUUGUGUAUGUAUUUCGGUUAGGCUUCAGAUAGCUUGAGUAAACCUUGUCUGCACUACUCAUUCUUUAAUGCUUCCUUUGUUAGGUACAGAAUUGCUAAAUGCUUUUUAAAUGAGAGAUUAGAAAGGAGAUAACUUACUACUGGAGGUUGUUAAGUAUAUUCAUACAUUAUGAGCUCUUUCAGCAGUUAUGGUAAGCAAUCUGUAUAUCCUGGGCUGCUUUUAAUUGUGCUUUACAGUUCUGGACACAUAACUGAUUUUGAAUCUCAUUGACCUACUUUGUGGAAAUUGUAUUUACACCUACGUUCAAGUUGGUUUUUGUACUUAAUGUAAAACAAAAAUUGGGAUUAAUCAAAUUACGUAAAUAAAUUUAAAUUUUGUGCCUUGCUUGAAAGAAAUGUUUUUCAUUAAAUGUGCUGAUGGAAAUCUUUUUGCAUCCAUUCUGUGGACAUAACUAGGUAGUAAAAAUGAGAAGAUACAAAGUCAAGAGUAAAUUAAAAAACUUUAUGCAAGAAAUAGUAACAUGAAAAUGGGCAUAAAGUGAUUAUUGAUUAAUUCCUAAAUAUUUUUCCUUUGCUAUUGUUCAUA